AUGACACAGGCACCACAGAAAGCUCAGGAGCGUCUUGCUCAGAUUGGCAACCACCUCGGUGGCAGCCCUGAUUCUGGUUCAGCCGGCAAGAAGGGAAAGUCGAGUCUGCUUGAGAAGCACGCCGAUGAUGUCGUUGUCACAUGUGCCCUCCGCACACCCUUCACAAAGGGUGGUAAGGGUGGCUUUAAGGACACCCAGAGCGCUGACCUCCUGGUCGGCGCCUUCAAGGCCCUUAUCGACCGCUCCGGCAUCGACCCCGGCCUCGUAGAAGACAUUGCCGUCGGCACUGUCCUCGCCCCCGGUGGAGGCGCGACUGAGUUCCGCGCUGCCGCCCUCGCAGCCGGCUUCCCCGUCACCGCCGCCGUCAAGAGCUUGAACAGGCAGUGCUCGUCUGGUCUCCAGGCCUGCGUCGACAUCGCCAACGCCAUCAAGAGCGGCAUGAUCGAGGUCGGCAUCGGCGCCGGCUCGGAGAGCAUGUCCACACAGUACGGCCCCAACGCCGUCAGCGAGCUCAGCGAGCUCGUCGAGAGCCACAAGGAGGCCAAGAACUGCAAGGUCCCCAUGGGUGCCCUGUCCGAGCAGAUGGCCAAGGACAAGGGGAUCUCGCGUGCCGACCAGGACGCGUUCGCCGCCAAGUCGUUCCAGAAGGCCGUCGAGGCCCAGAAGCAGGGUCUGUUCGACGAGGAGCUCGCUCCCUUGACCGUCAAGUGGACCGACCCCAAGACCGACGAGGAGAAGACCAUCACCGUCUCCAAGGACGACGGCGUGCGCGAGGGCAUCACCCCCGAGUCCCUCAGCAAGAUCCGCGCCGCCUUCGCAAAGGACGGCUCCAUCCACGCCGGCAACGCGUCCCAGAUCUCCGACGGCGCCGCCGCCGUCCUGCUCAUGAAGCGCAGCACAGCCGAGCGCCUCGGCCAGAAGAUCAUCGGCAAGUUCGUGCAAGCCUCGAUCGUCGGCGUGCCCCCGCUACUGAUGGGCGUGGGCCCCGCGGCCGCCAUCCCCGUGGUGCUCGAGAAGACGGGCCUGCACAAGGACGACGUGGAUAUCUACGAGAUCAACGAGGCGUUUGCGAGUCAGUGCCUGUUCUGCAUCAACGAGCUGGGCCUCGAUCAGAAGAAGGUCAACCCCAAGGGCGGCGCGAUUGCGUUUGGCCACCCCCUGGGUGUUACGGGCGCGAGGCAGGUGAGCACAUUGUUCACGGAGCUGAGGAGGACGGGCCAGAAGAUUGGUGUUACGAGUAUGUGUAUUGGUACCGGUAUGGGUAUGGCUGCCGUCUGGGUUGCCGAGUAA